GAGCGUGGAUCCUCUUUGGAUCCUCUUACGUGCUGGGAUCACCGCCAAAAAAUCUGUCAAUGAAUUUUUUGGAAUAUUUGUCCAUUCAGUUCAUAAACCGAAGUCUCGGGUACCCAGCAGAAGUGGCAAGCACAGCAUGGAAUUACCUCACGUUGGCAACCACUGUAGCUUAAAGAACUGUGCUGCUUUAGGAAAGUCCUCUGUCAGACAACGCAGUUUCAUUGAGUGGUGCUAAUGAAUAAAAUAGACUUUUUGCCGGUUGUGUGCAUUUACUGUAACAAGGUGUUCUGCGGUGAUCAUCGCUUGCCCUUUGAUCAUGAUUGCAGAGAAUAUUCUCUUCAUGACAGAGAAGCGAUUCAAUGUCCUCAAUGUCAAAAGUUCUUGAGAACACCUUCCGUUGACACCCAAAAGACGAACGCCGAACAGAUAGUGGAAGAACAUUUAAAAUCGAGAUGUGUCCUGCAUUGUAUAUUAACAGAAACAAAGGACCCAAAGUUUCGGUGUUCGGUGAGCGGCUGUAAUCAUAAAGAAUCCGUGGUGGGGAAAGUGCAUUGCGAUAAAUGCGAUCAUGAUUUUUGUGUCAAACAUCGGCAUCCAUUGUCGCAUCAAUGUAUUUCCUUGAAUGCGGAUGAGGAGAGAAAAGUUCAGCGACGAGAAGCAGCUCAAGAAAAGCUUGCAAAAACCUUUAAACCACCACCUUCAUCCCCAGUGACGCAGCGAAAAGCCAACCGUGAUACAGCACAAAAGAAAAAUACAAUGGUGGAAAUGAUGAAAAUCAAAGCAAAAGCAAAAGGGUUGACAUCAGUCCCGCUCAAUUCUCGCAUCUACUUAUAUGUUCAUUUCCCUAAAGAAACCCAUACCGAACCACAGCCAAUGUUCUUUGACAAGUUGGCAAAACACUGGACAUGCUCGCUGAUCAUUGUGGCAUCAAGAACAAAAACCAUCAAGUGCCCUUGGACGAUUCAGAGCGUCUGGGAAUAUAUCGCUAUCCCGAACACACGGUGUUGGAAAUGGGCGCCAAGCUUGACUCUGCAUUGAGCAGUCUAGACACCAUUGCGCUAGCAAGAAAAGAUGAAAUAACGGAGGGCAACUAAGCAAAUAUCAUGAGAUAAAAUGGUCAUUAUGCUGCAUU